GGACGAGUUCUGACCUGUUGAAGUACAGCAGAAAGCAUUAAUCAAUUUGUUUUUCUUUCCAUCUUUGUCCCUAUGAAUUUUCCUUACAUAUCUCUCUCCAAGACUGCGACUUUCCCUUUCUGAGAUAAGAAUAAGUAUCUGAAAGAGAAUCUAAGAGAGAGCCAAUCUAUCAUGUCGACCUCCGCAAGGAAGCGGCUGAUGAGAGAUUUCAAGCGGCUUCAGCAGGAUCCACCUGCUGGCAUCAGUGGGGCCCCUCAGGACAACAACAUCAUGCUCUGGAACGCUGUCAUUUUUGGGCCUGACGAGACCUCUUGGGAUGGAGGUACGUUCAAGCUGACUCUGCAAUUCAUAGAGGAUUAUCCAAAUAAACCUCCAACCGUUCGGUUUGUCUCACGGAUGUUUCACCCAAAUAUUUAUGCAGAUGGAAGUAUUUGCUUGGAUAUUUUACAAAAUCAGUGGAGUCCUAUAUAUGAUGUUGCAGCUAUACUCACUUCUAUUCAGUCCCUGCUCUGUGAUCCAAAUCCGAACUCUCCUGCAAACUCGGAAGCAGCUCGCAUGUUCAGCGAGAAUAGGCGGGAAUACAACCGAAGAGUGCGUGAAAUAGUGGAGCAGAGCUGGACAGCUGACUGAACCCAAGAAAAGAACCAGCAGCCUCUGUCAUUCUGUGAAGACAAAAGAGGAAGUCGUGUUGGUGUUGUUGGGCCUCCUGAAGGUUCACAAAACUUCCAGUUUCAUGAUAGCGUGCUUUAUAAUUUGGUUUUGCAUCCCUUGUUCUUAGAUGAUUUAUUUGGAUUCUCUGAUUUCUUCCUUUUAGACAGCUCUACUUUUUUCCAAAUUCUUGUUCAAGCUUUCUUCUCAGUCGUAUGUUUUUCCUUGGAGUAAUGUUAUUUAGUAGACUUUUGUAUAAUUGUCAUACAGUUGGAUGACGUCACAGUAAAAAUUAUUCUUUGGAUCAGCAUUUGUAAAAACAAAAUAAAAAUAAUCAAAUGUUGAUUUUCACUGUCACGUCAUCCUAAUUUUCUGUGACAGUCGUACCUGAGUUUAGUAAGUAGAAUUACUCUAUCCUUGUAACAUAUGUAUAGGAAGUGAUGUUGUAGAGGGAUAAAGAGAGGAGCUGGACCUUUACUUCUUCCCUUCAUAGAAUUGAAACAAUGUGAGUCACUGUUUAGGAACUCAACUGGCUUGAUAAUUAUAGGAUCUUCUAAUUUGUUUGUA